AUGUCUAAUCUCUCUAAACUUGAAUUUCUUGCUCUAGACAUAUCGGGAAAAAGCUAUCUAUCAUGGGUACUCGAUGCAGAAAUUCAUCUUGAUGCGAUGGGUCUAGCAGACACCAUCCAAGAAAAUAAUCAAGCAUCGAAUCAAAACCGUGCUAAAGCGAUGAUAUUUCUCCGCCAUCACCUUGAUGAAGGUUUGAAAAUGGAAUAUCUCACUGUUAAGGAUCCUCUGCAGCAAUACCGAGAAAUGGGAUUUAAAAAGUAUUCCGAAUUAAUUUCACAUCUCCUUGUUGCUGAACAACAUAAUGACUUACUGAUGAAAAACCAUGAAAGUCGACCUACUGGUUCUAUGCCAUUUCCUGAAGUAAAUACGGCAAAUUUUCACCAAUCUAAGCGUGAAAAAGGUCGUGGCCCCAGUCGUGGCCGUGGUCGUGGUCGAGGAAGAAAUCUCAAUCAUGGUGAUCGUCUUGCACUAAAUAAUAACAUUCAACACCAGCAGUGUAAAAAGAAGAAUGAAAAACAUGACGUAGUGCAGAAGAAAAAUUCAGACAACAAAUGUUAUCGAUGUGGAGGAAAAGGACAUUGGUCACGUACCUGUCGUACGCCAAGGCACCUGGUUGAGUUAUAUCAAGCUUCCCUGAAGGAGGUGAAAAAUAACGCAGAAGCCAACUUUAUCACGGAAGAUACUGUUGAACCCAUGCAUCUAGAUGUAGCGGAUUUCUUUGAGAACCCCGAAGGAAAGAUAGAUCACCUGAUAGGUGAUGGGUCUGUGAUAAUAUAA